GGCCCCCGCCCGACUUGGGCAAGGCGGGGGCGCGUGGAACGAAGCUCCUCGGGGGGCGAGGGAGGGAGCUUCGGUGCCGCGCGGGCGUCAGGGGCUCCACGGGGGAGGAGUCAGGAAAAGUGGCUAUAAAAGCGGCCGCUCCGGCGGACUGCCGGGGAGCUGGCGCGCAACGGAGCCCAGCGCUGUGCGAUAGCUUGGAGCCUGGCGAGUGCAAGCGGCGCGGGGAGCCAGUGGGGCUGAGCGUGGCCAGGGUCGGAACCCGAUUUCCCACUAGGCUUGCCCACGCCCCGGGAGCUCGCGGUGCCCAGCGGUCAGAGGCAGACACCCGGAGCCGCUGCGCUCCUGGCCCGCGAGGUGUGGCACUGUCUCGGCCACCUACCCAGAGCCGCAGACUCACUCUCCGCGACCGCCGCCGUUCCCCAAGGGUCGGGCGCUACAGCAGUCCCAGGAGCUCUGCCAGCUGCCGGGUUUGAGGUCUCGAGUUCUUCUCCAAGCAGCCAACGCUACCCACAGGGACGCUGUCUUCACUUUAUAUUUACAUCAAGAACUUGAUGGAAUUGAUGAAAGUGCCAGAGUUGAUCACAAUGCAAAGAAUUUAUUAUUUAAAGAUAAAUGGAAGAAAUUGUAUGUGAUAAAAAUCAGUCAGCUGUUUUUUCCUACCUAUACCACUUGGAGGAAAGAGAAAAGUCAGAAGGAAUCUUAGCUUCUUCCACCUAAAAGGAUUGGAGUCGAAGAAUACAGUCUACAGAUGCUCAGAGUCUUUCUGUGACUUUCAACCACUGGUGACAUGAACGGAGCAGGAGGACGUGGCCCUCAGAUGACCCUGAAUUCCUGGCUAUCUCCUGUGCAGAUUCCAGUUUCCAGCAUACACUUGGCUUUCUGAUGGAGAAGACUCAGGAAAGCUGUAACCCUCACGCAGCUCCAGGUGGAGGUCACUCGGCUCAAGGUGGUGGAGUUGGAACUUGGACCUCUGUCACUGUGACCAACCCUGGAUCCUCUGAAGCAGAGAGUGACACCAGCAACCAACGCCUCCUGCUCCUGCUUUUCCUCUUUUGUCUCUUGACCCUGUGAGGUCCAGCAACCACGGGGACUGAGCAGCAGCUGGACCUGGGGCAGCUGAGCUUCUGGAAAACCUUAGCAUGUUAUUGUGAAGACUUGCAGAGUAUCCUGAAGUGCUGGCUUUUGGGAAAGGAUGCCUGCAUUUUCUUUUGCAAAGGCUCGGCUGAAGGAGUUUGCUGCACCCUUUAAGGGACAGGCCAGCUCAGGUCCUCAUGGCUUGAUCUCUGAGCAGCCCUCUAACCCAGUGAGGACAGCGGUCAACUGGUCUCCAGCCAACAGCUUCCUGUAGAGACUUCCAGCAUUGUUAGCUAACAUGUGCUCUUUCAAUGCCUUCAACAGCUGGGAACUGUUUCAAGACUAUCUUGCCAGCUAAGAAGCAGAAUCCCAGUUCCUGUUGCCAGGAAGCUUUUAAUGGCCAGUGGAGAAUGCUGUCCUCCCUUGGUGAAAGAAUUCCCAAGUGAAAUUUGGGAAUCUUUUAGGAUUCACUUCAACAGAAUGUUUCUGGGGACAUGUAUCUUCAGGCACUGGAAGCCACUCAUGGGCAAGAAAGCCCAGAUGACCACCAGCCCCGCAGUGUGGGAUUGGCCUCCAUGGGCAGGGCAAUCUCUCUGCCCCCAGUGGCUUAGACAGCUGGGUCUGAGACAUAGCAGAAGGUCUCACAAAUGUUAGGAGAAGGGAGUUGAGCAUUAUUCCUCCAUGUGGAAUUAUUUUUGCAUUUAUCCAGAAAGUGACAUUUUUUGUUUGAUCUUUGAAAUCACCUGUGAUAUAAUCAGAAGAUGUCAGACCUUCAAUGUCCAAGUCACCACCCUCCCCACUCUGUACCUGGGAAGUCUGAGGUCCACAGAAGGGAACGUGUUUAAUGGGGGUUACCCAACAAUUUAGGGCAGGAGGGGUGCCCCCACCCAGCCUACCUCCCUUGCCCUCUCACUUCCAACCUUGCAGUCUGUCAUCUUCCUUGACCAAGGAAGGGUUCCUCAGGGGAGCCCAUGAUGAGCGGGACACUUUGGUAGCAGACAGCGAACUAUUAAUACCUUUGGUUUUUCUAUACUGGUGGGGAGAUCUGAGACCAGGGUUCUGGCUUUUCCCUGAGGACCAUAAAAUGCUCCUAUUCCUGAUGUCCCCUUCUGUCUAUUGUAAGGAGGGUGAAAUGGAGCACUCCUCUUCUGGGGGCCAUGGGAAAGGCGCCACUCCCAGAUGCUGUGAUGCAUGACUUCAGCAAUCUGGCUGACAUGACUAGAAUGGGCCCUGUUGUUCUCAGCAGAGCAGGCUUGGGUCAGGCAGGGUGGCAGUUGAGAGGACACGGCAGGCAUUGAUUCUGGGAGUAUCAUUUCCUCCCUCCCCUGGCCUCCCAAGCACACCUGUGUGGGAGGUAACAGGCAGACGGCGCAGUGUCCUCCUUUCAGACCCCUUGCCUGUCCCAACUCACUGAACUUGCACAAAGAGCUUCACUUUGAACCAAAAGGUCGGGGGUGAUCAGAUUUGUCGCUGAGCUGGUUUUCAGAGAGGAGCCUGGGCCGGGUGAGAUAGAUUUUGGCCCUUUUCUCAGUAUGGGAGAGUAUCUGUGUCUUUCUGGGCACAACUACAGUCAUAUUCAGAGGAGGAAUUGGGGAGACCGCAUAGAAGCUGGAGCUGGCCACCCCCAAAGCCCGUCUCAGUUCCCUACGUGCACCACAGAGGACUUGAACAAACACUUCUCUCCAAGUGGCAUUACAGCUGGAAAAGGAAAUCUCACAUCUUGUCUUUAUUAAGUUCCUGUCUUGAGGUUUACCUAGAUAGAUUCCCAUAUUAACCUUCUGUAUGAGUAAAAGGAAAAAAAAUAACAAUAGCUUCAAUAAAUUUGAAGUUUAAUAAACUAGAAGUUUAAUUCAGGCUGGGCAUGGUGACUCAUGCCUAUAAUCCCAGCACUUUGGGAUCACUUGAGGUCAGAAGCUUGAGACCAGCCUGGCCAACAUAGUGAAACCCCAUCUCUACUAAAAAUACAAAAAGUAGUUGGGUGUGGUGGUGCAUGCCUGCAGUCCCAGCUACUAAGGAGGCUAAGGCAGGAAAAUUGUUUGAACCCAGGAGGUGGAGGUUGCAGUGAGCCAAGAUCCUGCCACUACACUCUAGCCUGGGUAACAGAGCAAGACUCUGCCUCAAAAAAAAAUAGUAAAAUAGCUUAAUUCUCUCAAAAUAAAACAAGUCCAUCAUCCAGGGCUAUUUUGGUUCUCCACAGGGUCAAGGCCUAAGUUUUCUCUCUGUUUGCACUGGCAUCCUCAGUGCAUGCAUGGCCCCCACUGAAUGGCCCAAGAUAGCUGCUAAAAAUCCAGCCAUCACAUCUUCCUUCCAGCUAGCAGGAAGGAGAAGGGAGAGAAGAAAGUCUCUCUGUGCUUCCUUUAAGGGAAUUUCCUGGAAUUCAGACACCAUACUUCUGUUAUAUUGGCCAGAGCUGAAUUCCAAGGCCACAAGUAAUGGAGGCUGAGGACAAGGACAAGCAAGUGAGACUGAGGAAUGUAAUCUUUUUUCUGGGUAGCCAUGUGCCCAGAUAAACACCAGGGGUUUUGUUACUGAGGAAGGAGGAGAAAAUGGAUACUGGGGACAAUUAGCUAUCUUUGCCACACCUUCCUCCUAGAUAGAUAAGAAGAAGGUUUACAGCAUGUAGGCAUCUAUAUUUACAUUUUCAAUAUUAUCCAAGACUGGAUUAGACACAUAGACUGGUAACGUAAAAGCUAGAAAACAGCCAGUCCCCACCCUCAAAGAUUAGAAAACUAAGAUCCAGAGAUUAAACAGAUCAUCUUCGAUCACACAGCGAGUUGGUGGAAUCUAAUUUCCAGCUCAUGUUCAGUAGGAGUACUUUUGUUCUGCUCUGUUUCUUGACUUGAGAAAAAAGCUUCAUUCUGGAGGGGAGGGAGUUUGAGUGCCAAGGAUGAAAUUCCAUCCAUCACUCAGUCUCUGAGCUGCAGGACACGGGCAGGACAAUGGGAGGGUUUUCAUGCCCCGAUCUGCCCUGGAGGGAGCACACUGACAGGAUGGGAGCUUCCGGGAGGCAGGAGUUCUCCUUCAAGGCCAUGCUGACCAUCAGCUGGCUCACUCUGACCUGCUUCCCUGGGGUGACAUCCGCAGUGGCUGCUGGGUGCCCUGAUCAGAGCCCAGAGCUGCAACCCUGGAACCCUGGCCAUGACCAAGACCACCAUGUGCAUAUCGGCUGGGGUAGGACACUGCUGCUCACUUCUUCUGCCACUGUCUAUUCCAUCCACAUCUCAGAGGGAGGCAAGCUAGUUGUUAAAGACCAUGAUGAGCCAAUUGUUUUGCGAACCAGGCACAUCCUGAUCGACAACGGAGGAGAGAUGCAUGCUGGGAGUCCCCUCUGCCCUUUCCAAGGCAAUUUCACCAUCAUUUUGUAUGGAAGGGCUGAUGAAGGUAUUCAGCCGGAUCCUUAUUACGGUCUGAAGUACAUUGGGGUCGGUAGAGGAGGCACUCUUGAGUUACAUGGACAGAAGAAGCUCUCCUGGACAUUUCUGAACAAGACCCUUCACCCAGGUGGCAUGGCAGAAGGAGGCUAUUUUUUCGAAAGGAGCUGGGGCCAUCGCGGAGUCAUUGUUCAUGUCAUCGACUCCAAAUCAGGCACAGUUAUCCAUUCUGACCGAUUUGACACCUAUAGAUCCAAGAAAGAGAGUGAACGUCUGGUCCAGUAUUUGAACGUGGUGCCCGAUGGCAAGAUCCUUGCUGUUGCAGUGAAUGAUGAAGGUUCUCGAAAUCUAGAUGACAUAGCCAGGAAGGCGAUGACCAAAUUGGGAAGCAAACACUUCCUACACCUUGGGUUUAGACACCCUUGGAGUUUUCUAACUGUGAAAGGAAGUCCAUCUUCUUCAGUGGAAGACCAUAUUGAAUAUCAUGGACACCGGGGCUCUGCCGCUGCCCGAGUAUUCAAAUUGUUCCAGACUGAGCAUGGCGAAUACUUCAAUGUUUCUUUGUCCAGCGAGUGGGUUCAAGAUGUGGAGUGGACGGAGUGGUUCGACCACGAUAAAGUAUCUCAGACUAAAGGUGGGGAGAAAAUCUCAGACCUCUGGGCAGCUCACCCGGGAAAAAUCUGCAAUCGUCCUAUUGAUAUACAGGCCACUACAAUGGAUGGAGUUAACCUCAGCACCGAGGUUGUCUACAAAAAAGGCCAAGAUUAUAGGUUUGCUUGCUAUGACCGGGGCCGAGCCUGCAGGAGCUACCGUGUGAGGUUCCUCUGUGGGAAGCCUGUGAGGCCCAAACUCACAGUCACCAUUGACACCAAUGUGAACAGCACCAUUCUGAACCUGGAGGAUAAUGUACAGUCAUGGAAGCCUGGAGACACCCUGGUCAUUGCAAGUACUGAUUACUCCAUGUACCAGGCAGAAGAGUUCCAGGUGAUUCCCUGCCGGUCCUGCGCCCCCAACCAGGUCAAAGUGGCAGGGAAACCAAUGUACCUGCACAUCGGGGAGGAGAUCGAUGGCGUGGACAUGCGGGCGGAGGUUGGGCUCCUGAGCCGGAACAUCAUGGUGAUGGGGGAGAUGGAGGACAAAUGCUACCCCUACAGAAACCACAUCUGCAGUUUCUUUGACUUUGAUACCUUUGGGGGCCACAUCAAGUUUGCUCUGGGAUUCAAGGCAGCACACCUGGAGGGCAUGGAGCUGAAGCAUAUGGGACAGCAGCUGGUGGGUCAGUACCCAAUUCAUUUCCACCUGGCUGGUGAUGUGGACGAAAGGGGAGGCUAUGACCCACCCACAUACAUCAGGGACCUCUCCAUCCAUCAUACAUUCUCUCGCUGUGUCACAGUCCAUGGCUCCAAUGGCUUGUUGAUCAAGGACGUCGUGGGUUACAACUCUUUGGGCCACUGCUUCUUCACGGAAGACGGACCAGAGGAACGCAACACCUUUGACCACUGUCUUGGCCUGCUUGUCAAGUCUGGAACCCUCCUCCCCUCAGACCGUGACAGUAAGAUGUGCAAGAUGAUCACCGAGGACUCCUAUCCCGGGUACAUCCCCAAGCCCAGGCAGGACUGCAAUGCCGUGUCCACCUUCUGGAUGGCCAAUCCUAACAACAACCUCAUCAACUGCGCCGCUGCAGGAUCUGAGGAAACUGGAUUUUGGUUCAUUUUCCACCACGUACCGACAGGGCCCUCCGUGGGAAUGUACUCCCCAGGUUACUCAGAGCACAUUCCACUGGGAAAAUUCCAUAACAACCGAGCACAUUCCAACUACCGGGCUGGCAUGAUCAUAGAUAACGGAGUCAAAACCACCGAGGCCUCUGCCAAAGACAAGCGGCCCUUCCUCUCGAUCAUCUCUGCCAGAUACAGUCCUCACCAGGAAGCCGACCCGCUGAAGCCCCGGGAGCCAGCCAUCAUCAGGCACUUCAUUGCCUACAAGAACCAGGACCACGGGGCCUGGCUGCGUGGCGGGGACGUGUGGCUGGACAGCUGCCGGUUUGCUGACAAUGGCAUCGGCCUGACCCUGGCCAGCGGUGGAACCUUCCCGUAUGAUGAAGGCUCCAAGCAGGAGAUAAAGAACAGCUUGUUUGUUGGCGAGAGUGGCAACGUGGGGACAGAAAUGAUGGACAACAGGAUCUGGGGCCCCGGCGGCGUGGACCAUAGCGGAAGGACCCUCCCUAUAGGCCAGAAUUUUCCGAUCAGAGGAAUUCAGUUCUAUGACGGCCCCAUCAACAUUCAAAACUGCACUUUCCGAAAGUUCGUGGCCCUGGAGGGCCGGCACACCAGCGCCCUGGCCUUCCGCCUGAAUAAUGCCUGGCAGAGCUGCCCCCAUAACAACGUGACCGGCAUUGCCUUUGAGGACGUUCCGAUUACUUCCAGAGUGUUCUUCGGAGAGCCUGGGCCCUGGUUCAACCAGCUGGACAUGGAUGGGGAUAAGACAUCUGUGUUCCAUGACGUCGAUGGCUCCGUGUCCGAGUACCCAGGCUCCUACCUCACGAAAGAUGACAACUGGCUGGUCCGGCACCCAGAGUGCAUCAACGUCCCCGACUGGAGAGGAGCCAUCUGCAGCGGUCGCUAUGCACAGAUGUACAUUCAAGCCUACAAGACCAGUAACCUGCGAAUGAAGAUCAUCAAGAAUGACUUCCCCAGCCACCCUCUCUACCUGGAGGGGGCGCUCACUAGGAGCACCCAUUACCAGCAGUACCAGCCAGUCGUCACCCUGCAGAAGGGCUACACCAUCCACUGGGACCAGACGGCCCCUGCCGAACUUGCCAUCUGGCUCAUCAACUUCAACAAGGGCGACUGGAUUCGAGUGGGGCUCUGCUACCCGCGAGGCACCACCUUCUCCAUCGUCUCAGACGUUCACAAUCGCCUGCUGAAGCAAACGUCCAAGACGGGCAUCUUCGUGAGGACCUUGCAGAUGGACAAAGUGGAGCAGAGCUAUCCUGGCAGGAGCCACUACUACUGGGAUGAGGACUCAGGGCUGCUGUUCCUGAAGCUGAAAGCUCAGAACGAGAGAGAGAGGUUUGCUUUCUGCUCCAUGAAAGGCUGUGAGAGGAUCAAGAUUAAAGCUCUGAUCCCAAAGAACGCAGGCAUCAGUGACUGCACAGCCACAGCCUACCCCAGGUUCGCAGAGAGAGCUGUCGUGGACGUGCCAAUGCCCAAGAAGCUCUUUGGUUCUCAGCUGAAAACAAAGGACCACUUCUUGGAGGUGAAGAUGGAGAGUUUCAAGCAGCACUUCUUCCACCUUUGGAAUGACUUCGCUUACAUCGAGGUGGAUGGGAAGAAGUACCCCAGCUCGGAGGAUGGCAUCCAGGUGGUGGUGAUUGAUGGGCACCAAGGGCGUGUGGUGAGCCACAUGAGCUUCAGGAACGCCAUUCUGCAGGGCAUACCAUGGCAGCUUUUCAACUACAUGGCGGCUGUCCCUGACAAUUCCAUAGUGCUCAUGGUAUCAAAGGGAAGAUACAUCUCCAGAGGCCCGUGGACCAGAGUGCUGGAAAAGCUUGGGGCAGACAGGGGUCUCAAGUUGAAAGAGCAAAUGGCAUUUGUUGGCUUCAAAGGCAGCUUCCGGCCCAUCUGGGUGACUCUGGACACUGAGGAUCACAAGGCCAAAAUCUUCCAAGUUGUGCCCAUUCCUGUGGUGAAGAAGAAGAAGCUGUGAGGACAGCUGCCGCCCGGUGCCACCUCAUGGUGGACUAUGAUGCUGACUCUUGGCAGCAGACCACUGGGGGAUGGCUGAGUUCCCCAGCCCCUACCAGCAGCUGCCUGGGAAGACCAUGUAUUAGCCCUGAUGGGCCAAGGGAAGGAUAUUAGAGACCCUGGUGCUGCCACCUGCCCCCACUCAAGUGUCUACCUGCAGCCCCUGUGGCGGUGCUGGAAACCUUCACUUCUCUGCAGCCUCUUGGGUGCUUCUCUCCUAUCUGUGACUCUUCAGUGGGGUGUGGGGACCAUAUCAGGAGACCUAGGUUUUGCGGACAGCAAAGAUACACCUUGCCAGGAUCCCCUACCCAGCUAGGAGGUAGCCUGGAGGGCGGGUCAUUUGCAGAUCCCCAUGGUCUGCAGCAGACAAGUGAGGGUGGUGAAUGUAGAGAAAGCCUUGGCCUUGAGGAAAUCUUUACUCCUGUAGGCAAGUGCCAGCCUCACAGGAUUAGGAGCUGAGGCGGAACUGGCUACCCUCGGGGAAGAGGCAAGCCCCGCCUCUGGCCGUGUCCACCUUUCAGGAGACUGGGUGGCAGGCUGGGAUUUGGACUAGAUGACUCCCAAAGGCCCUUGUAGCUGUGAGAGUCCUGAAAUCUGCAGUAUUUCACAUGGUACCUGAAACCCAACAGUAGAGGAAAACAUUCUUUUCCUCUGCUAGCCACGAUGCUGGGUGCCCCAGGGCACACAGGAUGGAGAGGUGAGAAUGAAUGCCUAGAUCGAGGGGCCUGCAGUCAGGUCCAUGUGCACUGCAACGCCAGACAGAGAAAUCACACAGAGGUAAAACAGAGACCAGUGCCAUCUCAGAGGGGAGGGUCAGGAAGGCUUCUCACUUACAGCAAUGAAGGCUGGGGGCAUUUUGGUGGGGGGAGAGGUAGCCUCUGGGGUGGGUCGGGGAGGGAUUGGGCCCUCCCUGCUUCCGCUGGUGACUGCAGCGUUGCCCUUUGCCCACUCCUCGUCGGCCCACUCAUGAUAAAGUGUGGUCAGAGGGAGCAAUGGGCUUCACAGCUUAUGCCCAGAGCACUGAGGAAUGCGUUCCCCGGCAGCCCUGCCUCUGACUCCGAGAGAGUACAGUGAAGUUCAAGGAAGUGAGCUCCUGCCUUGGGGCCUCAUCUGCUCUUCAUCCCGGGGACUGAGCAGUGGGGGCUCCAGGAGACCCUAGAUGUGCUUACACUCCCUCAGCCUGGGAUUUCAGAGCUGGAAAUACUGAAAAUACCUAGCCCAAAGCCUUCAUUUUAGCAGAUGGGGAAAAUGAGCCCCCGAGAUGGGAAAGAACAACACGGCCAGGGGAGGGCCCGGGGAGCCCCACCCCAGCCCUUGCUGCCACACCACACUGCCUCAACAGUCAGCCCCAGAGUGCCCAGGGGCUCCUGAAGCAGCUUCUGGAAAUGGGGACAAGUCCCCUCGAAGGAAAGAAAACAAUUAGAGUAGAAUGACAAUGAGCCACUGUCUUCCUCCUGCUCCCCGAACACACAAACCCCUUGGUGUUGGUGGUCCCUGUGGCCUUCACUUUGCCCACUACCUGUCAGCCCAGCCGGGGUACACAGCGGCUGCCAGCUCUCCUGUCUCUGCAGCUCUACAGGUGCGGCCCAGCAGAUGGGGUAGGGCCAGCCAUGUUUCUGGCGAGCCAAUUUGGCUGAUCUUGGGUGUCUGAACAGCUGUUGGGUCCACCCAGUCCAUCUGGGUGCUAAAUGCCCUUCUCGCUCCCUAGCCCACCUUAGAGCCCAAAGAGCUCCUGGAAGAGGGAGAACUCUCUGUGGUUUAUACUCUUGCACAAGGCGAUGGGGUCUCCCUGGGUCUUGUGAUGAUGAACUAUGUUUAUCCCCUUUCCUGCCCCAACCACAAACUCUUUCCUUCAAAGAGGGCCUGCCUGGCUCCCUCCACCCAGCUGCACACAUCAGACUCGGUCCAAGAGUCCAUUGCCCAGGUGGGAGCCGACUACCAGGGAGGUCUUUCCCACCAAACAUCUUUCAGCUGCUGGGAAGUGACCAUUGUACUCUGCUUUUAAAGAUAUGGCCACUUCAAAGGCCAGAAUUACAGGAAAGACCUCUUCCAGGGAGAUUAGCGGUGCCAGAGAGGAGAGUUCCGAUGACCUCAUGUCCUUCUUGUCCACGGUUUUGUUGAGUUUUCACUCUUUUAAAGCAAGGGUCUCACACUGUGAACCACUUAGGAUGUGAUCACUUUCAGGUGGCCAGGAAUGUUGAAUGUCUUUGGCUCAGUUCAUUUUAAAAAAGAUUCUAUUUGAAAGUUCUCAGAGUUGUACAUAUGUUUCACAGUACGGGAUCUGUACAUAAAACUUUUCCUAAACCAUUCACCAAGAGCCAAUAUCGCGGCAUUUUCUUGGUAGCAAUUUUCUUACUGCUUAGAAAACUAUUCUCCUUGUUAUUUGUAAGAUGUAAGUGAGUUAGGUCUUUAAGGAAAGCAAUGCUCCUCUGAAAUGCUUGUCUUUUACCUGUUGCCGAAAUAGCUGGUCCUUUUUCGGAAGUUAGAUGUAUAGAGUGUUUGUAUGUAAACAUUUCUUGUAGGCAUCACUAUGAACAAAGAUAUAUUUUCUAUUUAUUUAUUAAAUGUGCACUUCAAGAAGUCACUGUCAGAGAAAUAAAGACCUGUCUUAAUUGUCA